AUGCGGCUGCCACCGACCGCGCCCCAGAGCUCGGGAGAGACCAAGUGCGCGGCCCACGUUGACCCAUCAGGUCUGCCGGGGGGGGGCGCGGGCUUCCUCAUUGGCUGGUAUGAAAGCGCCCCGCCCCCCCUCUCUCUCUCUCCCGGCAAUGCCCCCCCCCUUCCACGUGUCGCUGUCCAGCCGCCUGGGGCUGAAUCGCCCCUCCCCACCUCCAGCCGCCCUACAACCGGCGCCUCCCGCCGCUGGGGAGGGCGCAGCGGAGCCAGAGGGGGGGUGGUCGAUGGCGGAGAUGAGGUGGGGGCGCUCGUCUUUGACAUCGGCUCGUUCUCAGUCCGAGCUGGCUACGCUGGAGAAGACUGCCCCAAGGCGGAUUUCCCCACCACGGUGGGGCUGCUGGCCCCCGAGGAGGCGACGAUGGAGCUGGACGGGGACAAGGAGAAGAAGCCGGGGAAGGUUUAUUACAUCGACACCAACUCGCUGCAUGUCCCGCGGGAGAACACGGACGUCCUGUCGCCCCUCAAGAACGGCAUGAGUGAGGGGCUGCCCCGGGGUCCUGCCACAGGGCUCCCUGCCACGGGCCCUUGCUACCCCCCCUCCACGGGGUUUCCUGCCACGGGCCCACCUGCCAUAGGCCCUUGCUACCCCCCUUCCACGGGCCCCCCUUCCACGGGCCCUCGCUACCCCCCCCACGGGCCUUGCUGCCACGGGGCUUCCUGCCACGGGCCCUCGCUACCCCCCUGCCAUGGGCCCCCACUCAUGGGGCUUUCCGCCAUGGGGCUUCCUGCCAUGGGCCUCCCCGCCACGGGCCCUCGCUACCCCCCUGCCAUGGGCCCCCCCUCAUGGGGCUUCCUGCCACGGGAGGUGAUCCAGGAUUUCCAGGCCUCGGUGCUACAGGUCUCCGACUCGCCGUAUGACGAGCAGGUGGCCGCCCAGAUGCCCACCGUGCACUACGAGAUGCCCAAUGGCUACAACACGGACUAUGGGGCCGAGCGGCUGCGCAUCCCCGAGGGGCUGUUCGACCCCUCAAACGUCAAGGGCCUUUCCGGGAACACCAUGCUGGGCGUCGGCCACGUGGUGACCACCAGCAUUGGCAUGUGCGAUAUCGACAUCAGACCGGGUCUGUACGCAGCGUCAUUUGGUGACCGGGGGCAACACCCUGCUCAGGGCUUCACCGACCGGCUGAACGCGAGCUGUCGCAGAAAACGCCCCCGUGAGUGUAGCAUGCGCCUCAAACUCAGCAGCAACAGCACCAUGGAGCGGAGAUUCAGCCCCUGGAUUGGGGGACUCCUGGUUCUCUCCCUGGGCACGUUCCAGCAGAUGUGGAUCUCCAAGCAGGAGUACGAGGAGGGCGGGAAGCAGUGCGUGGAGCGGAAAUGCCCCUGAUGCAGCCGGCACCCCUGCGGUGGGCUGGGGCCCAGGGUCAUCUUCCGUGGGGGUUCCCCCUCCGCACAU